CUGUCUAAGAAAUAUGGACCAGUGUUUAGAGUCUACUUUGGAAUGAAGAAGGUGGUGGUCCUGGCAGGAUACAAGACAGUCAGACAGGCUCUGGUCAACCAUGCUGAGGAAUUUGGUGAUCGAGAGGCAUAAUAUUUUCCAAUGGCGACUCUUGGAAAGAAAUGAGGCGUUUUGCUUUAAGUACACUGAGAGAUUUUGGGAUGGGCAGAAGGAUUAGUGAAGGUAAAAUCAUAGAGGAAUGUGCCUACCUGAGUGAAGAAUUUGAACAACAGGAAGGUAAAUCCUUCGACAACGCCCAGACAAUUCAUUAUGCAGCUUCAAAUAUUAUAUCAGCUCUCAUGUUUGGAAAGAGGUUUGACUACAAGGACUCUGACUUCAAAGCUAUGGUGGAAAGCGAACACGAGUCCAUCCGUCUGACCGGAACAGCAUCCAUCCUGAUAUACAACACGUUUCCUUGGCUGGGCCCUUUUCUUAAAAACUGGAGGGAUUUGAUGAAACACGCGGAGGCCAACAGGCAAGAAACAAGGAACAUAAUAGCGGACCUGAAGGAGACUUUGAACCCUGAGAUGUGCAGAUGCUUUGUUGAUGCAUUCCUGACCCAUAAACUAAACCUGGAGGAGUCUGAAAUAAAAGAUUCACACUAUCAUGAUGACAACCUGGUCUACAGCGUGAGAAAUCUGUUUGCAGCUGGGACUGAUACUACAGGAAAUACACUUCAGUGGGGUCUACUUUUCAUGUCCAAGUACCCUCAUUUUCAAGAACAGGUCCAGGAGGAGCUGAGCAGGGUGGUUGGAAGCCGUCAGGUCCGAGUAGAUGACCGUAAAAACCUGCCGUACACUGAUGCUGUCAUCCACGAGACACAGAGACUGGCCAACAUUGCCCCCUUGGCCCUUCCUCACAAAACCAGCCAAGACGUCACAUUCCAGGGUUACUUUAUCAAAAAGGGUACUACUGUGUUUCCUCUUCUUACGUCUGUCCUGCAUGAUGAGAGUGAAUGGGAAACUCCAUACACCUUCAACCCUUCCCACUUCCUGGAUAAGGAGGGUAAAUUUAUGAGUAGAGACGCCUUCAUCCCUUUUUCUGCAGGUCGCAGGGUGUGUCCCGGAGAGAGUCUGGCCAGAAUGGAGCUUUUCCUCUUCUUCACCUCCCUCCUCCAGCGCUUUCGUUUCACUCCUCCACCUGGAGUUACAGAGGAUGAACUGGAUCUGACACCAGAUGUUGGUUUCACCCUCAGUCCUUCACCUCAUGAGCUGUGUGCUGUUAGUCGCCAAUGAGGAAGAGAGCUAGAGCACAACAUUAUAACUGAAUGUAUAAUUGAAUUCAGAGUAUUUAGAUAUAGAGGAUUUAUCAGGAGACAGUUUAUCUCAGUCACUUAAGACA